GCAGCAGCCGUUGGGUUGUGGCAUGCGCUGUAAACUGUUGAGUUGAGGGCGGUGCGCGUGGAGCUGCUGCUGUUGGUAUGAGUGAGCCCCAGAGGAAGAGAGUUCGUUUGAGCGAUCCGGAACAACAGGGAGGCGCAGGUCCCCAGCAUGAAGAGCGGGGUGAUGGAGCCGCUCCUGUAUCCCAGCCUGAGGCGGAGGCGGAUGAGGAGGAGGAGGAGAGGCGCCGGUACCGCGGGGGUCUUUGCGAUGAGUUUGCUGUUGUGACCGGUACGGAUGAGGCCGUAGCUCAGUGUUACCUGGCGGAAAAUGACUGGCUUUUAGAAAGAGCUGUCAACUCCUAUUUUGAAACAGCUGUUCAGCCAUCUUCCUCUACAAUGGAGUCUACUUCACAUUUGAUUGAAAAUACUGAUUUCCAAGGAUGCAUUGAUUUGACAAACACUGACGAUGAGCAAACCAGCAAGGGAAGUACUGCAGAGCCACAAGUAGAUGAAAGUCGGAUCUCAUUGUUAACGUGGAACAUAGAUGGACUUGAUCUGGAAAACUUGCAGGAAAGAGUACGGGGAGUUUGUGCGUGCCUAGCGCUAUAUAGCCCUGAUAUAGUGUUUCUGCAGGAAGUUAUUGAACCGUAUUACCUUUACUUAAAGAAGCGAGCAGUCAGCUACACAAUUAUUCCAGGAGAUGAAGACGACUACUUCACAGCCAUUAUGCUGAGAAAAUCUCGCGUAAAGUUAUUGAAACAAGAAAUAACACCUUUCCCAACUACCUCCAUGAAGAGAAAUCUUCUUGCUGUUCAGGUAAACAUUGCAGGAAAUGAACUCUGUUUAAUGACUUCCCACCUGGAGAGCACUAAAGCGCAUUCAAAGGAACGAGUCAAACAGCUCGAGAUUGUACUAAGGAAAAUCAAAGAAGCCCCAGAAAGUGCCACAGUAAUAUUUGGUGGUGACACCAAUUUGAGAGAUCAAGAGGUAACAAAGGUUGGAGGUUUGCCAGAAGGUGUCUUGGAUGUCUGGGAGUUCUUAAACAAACCUGAACAUUGUCGAUAUACCUGGGACACUAAAGCUAAUAAUAACCUGAAAGCUCCUUACACUUGCAGACUCCGCUUUGAUCGUGUGUUUUACAGGAAAGCCAGUGAAGGUCAGAUAGUUCCACAACAAAUGACCCUUGUUGGACAAGACAAGUUGGAUUGUGGGCGUUUUUGCAGUGAUCAUUGGGGGCUCCUCUGUGACUUUGAUGUCAUAUUGUGAGUCUUAGCUGUGGUGGGUAGAGUAGAAGGCAACACUUAAAAUACAAUUAUAUGUGAAAUCUCUACCAAGAUGAUUUGUAAUAACUCAGUCAGAAUAUUUUCUGGGUGAUCAGGUGUCUUAUGUUUUCCUGAUUAAAGUGAUCAUGCUGAUUCAUGCUUGAGUUCACACUCUAAUUUCCUGAAGAACGAGAGGAAUAGGUUUAGUGAAACAGGAAUGUUACGCUGUGGUGAUAUAAGCAUAAAGUUGUAUUUUCGGAACGGAGAUUCUAAUAGGCUGUGUGCACGUAACGCUGAAGCAGAGUUCUUUCAGUGAUCAUUGUUUCAUUUAUUAACACAACUGUUGUCUUGCUGACUAUAACUUAAUUGCCCUGCAGUGUGUUUUUAAAACAUGGCAGAAUACCUUUUAAGUUGCUGCCUGGUUUCUUCAUCAAGAUAGCUAUCUUCAGAGAGCUUGGGAAUUUUAUGCUGGUGUAUUUUUGCAGAGUGCAGAUGACUUUAUGAUGCAUUAUGUAAAAUGUAAUCCUAAGCUUGUGAAGAUAGCAGAAGUUACCUUCCUCUUAAAUGUCAAUGUGUAACUGAUGAUCUUUUGCUUUGAAGUAUGUUCCUAAUUUUAAUG